GGCGCUCGGACGGGAGGGGAAAAAGCACCGGGGCUUUUGAAAAAGUUUUAUCUUGCCUUUCAGACGCUACCGAACGCCGGUGCGCUCUUGUACGGUGCCGCGUGUUCUCUGGUGUCUCAUGCGAGCCAGUUCUUCAACAUAAGAUCUCGUGGACCGAUAUUGUUUAGUGGCCUUGAAAGGGAUAGGGAAUUAGCCUAAGCUCGUGAUGCGUUGCCGUUGAGGGCCCGAGGAAGAAAGGACCGAGGUGCAGCGCGGAGACUUGGACAGACACGCGUUGGAAAAGGGCGAAGAGGUCGCGAGGACACUCUUCAGGCUCCAGACAAGAUGAGGAACUAUGUUUUGGCUAAAAGGUGCUGGUUAAUUCUUUUGAUCGCCGGAGCUGGACUCGUGGAUGCUUUUGAGAAUGACGACUUGGUCUUUGACCAGGAGGGCAAGCAAUCUUUCGAUGAAUCCCCUCUCAUCGUGUCGCACGGAGUCCAGGAGUCCAUACUUCAUAGAAUAAAAAGGGGUUUCUUUGACUUCUUCGUCCCUAAAACAUCGACAACAAGAAUUCCGACCACCACCACCGAGGCGCUGAUAGACCAAAACGAGGAGAUUACGGAGUACGAGAAUGAAAAUGCGGCGCCAGUCGAGGCCGACAACAACGAAAAACCUCGUGCAUCCAGCGUCAAAAAGUUGUCCAACUUCGAGAGGUUGGCUCGCGACAGCGGAGAGAAAACCGAAGAAACUGACGAGCGUGACAAUGAAAUUGGAAACGUCGCCGAGGCUAGGAGAGAACCACCAAAGUUUGGGAACACCGACGACGAGGACUUGGCUGGCUCUGGAGAGGUCGAAGGUAGUGCCACUUAUGGACGUCAACCCGAGCCUGGAAAAGAAGGAGGAAGAUAUUACAGGAUAACCUUGACAGUCGGUGAACCGUACGUAGCCGAGUACGCGGACAGAAAUAGUCAACAAUACAAGGAACUGAGUGGCAAUCUUACGGAGGCCCUAGAAGAUUUGUACAACCGUAACAUUCCCAGUGAGAGACAUCACGCCAAUGUCGUGAAGAUAUCACCGACGUCAAGCGACGUGUUCACGUCAUUAGUUACUGUGGACAUUGGCUCUUCGUUCACGGAUGAGCUGGAGGUGAAGAACAUCCUCGAGAAACAGCUGCAGUAUCAUUCUUUGGGCAACAUCAACGUCAAUCAGAAGGAAUUUACAUUCAGAGUAUUCCAAGCUGGAGCAGAAGAAGAUGAACAAGAGUGCGACGCGUCUACCGAAUUGAUCUGUAGAAAUGGCGCAUGUGUGCCAUUAGAAUCCAGGUGUGACGGGAUUUCCCAGUGCACGGACGGCUCUGACGAGGAUAACUGUCCUGUGGUAACAACAGCACCCGAGCAGGAGACCAAAUACCCGACAUUCGCUCCGUACGAUGAAUCGCCCACAGAAGAGACAGCAAGCACAGAAGGUACCGGCAAUGAUUACGAUGAUAGUACGUUGAGAUCACCGUCGAACAAGUGUCGUGCCGACGAUACGGUGCGCUGUCACGAUGGAAGUCGUUACAUUUGUUCUGUACAACAAUGUGACGGCAUGCCAGACUGCGACGACGGAGGUGACGAAGUUGGCUGUCCUCAUCCAGGCUGCAACGCUGGAGAAUUCGCCUGCGACGUUUCCAGAUGCAUCUUGGAAUCCCAACGUUGUAACUACAUCGAGGAAUGUCAAGAUGGAACCGACGAGCAUAACUGCAACUAUCCUGCUUGCACCUCGACACAAUUCAGAUGCAAAAACGGCGAGUGCAUCGACAGUAGCGACCACUGCAAUGGCAUCCGGAACUGCCAUGAUGGUUCCGACGAACUCAACUGCCCAUGCGCGGAAGAUGAAUUCGAAUGCACGCCAAGGUACUGCGUGACCCAGACGAAACGCUGCGACGGUGUCAUGGAUUGCUCCAAUGGCAAGGAUGAAGAGAAUUGUUCAGAAAUGACGCGAUGUCGACCAGACGAAUUCGAGUGCGUCAGCAACGGAGAUUGCGUCAGUCGGAGCGCGAGAUGCAACGGACGAUCGGACUGCUUGGAUCGUUCCGAUGAAUUCAAUUGCAGUGUGACCACAUGCAGCGGAGAUCAGUUCCGUUGUUUGGACGGGACCUGUCUCAGCAUCGACAAGAGGUGCAAUCAGGUCAUCGACUGUCGCAACGGAGAAGACGAGAAUCAAUGCGGUUGCGGAAAAGCAGAGUUUCGCUGUGCGGAUGGUCGGUGCAUCGGUUACGAGUUCCAGUGCAACGGCGUGGAGGAGUGCUCUGAUGGCUCUGACGAGAGGGACUGCGAAAAAAGUCAGUGGCUGAACGUGUACAAUGAUGAACGCAUAAGAUCCUACGCGAAGAGGUUUAAGACCUUGCUCGAUCUUAAAAAAUGUGAAAAGGAAGAGAAGGACUGCGAAGUGUCAAGUAUGAAACAGGGCCUGGUUAGCGAUGCGAAACCGAAAAGAAAGAAGCAACAAGAUGGAAUCUCUAGAAAUAGGAUUAAUCAUGACGAUAAUUCACACCCAAGAGCUGUUGGUAGAAGACUCCAGCAUUAUGUUCAAAAUGACAAUGUGAUCGCCAACCCCGUUGAUGCAGCUUUUCCUGAAUUGUCAGAAUCUAAGUCGAAGAUAUCAGAUAUGUUAUCAGGAACGAUUCUACAAAAAUUGAUUAAUCGAGAAAACGAGGGGCCCUCAUUGAAUAAAGUUGAUAAGAAGCCUGACAAUUUUGGCCGUUUCUUUAGGAAGCCAAGAAAUUCCACCAAAGAGAAUACGAAGAACCCAACAAAGAUGAGGAAGAAGUCGAAAAAGCACUUGAAGAAAAAAAAUCGGAAGAAUAAUACAAAUCCACGUGUGCUCGUUCAGGAUUCUAAGGACAAGGUUGGCACGAAUCCUGAAGCUCUAGUAGCCCCUGCAUCGACGACGAUAAUGGUUGAUCUUCGUGUUCCUGAAAUAGAGACGUCUGUAACAAAACACGGUUCACGUUUCAGCGAUUACUUUGAAAAUCAUCUAAAUAAUCUGAUAAAAAAAAUUUAUACGUCUACAACACCCAACUUGUUGUCAUCUUCGGAGAGUGAAAUUUUUCACGGAGAAAGAAAUACUUUUAAAGCCAUAGAAGAUACCAAGGAGUCGGAUCUAACGGUAGAUGCGGAUAAACAAUCAAAGAACGUGACAGGAACUGUGAAGGCUAUCGCAGAGAAAUUGGUAGCCAGAACAGAUGAAUAUGAUGCUGAAAUGAUAAAUCAAGUCAACGGCAUAAAACCAAUGACAGAAGAAGACAAGUAUAAUUCUUUAGAUCUAUUUAAAAGUACUAACUCUGUCGAAGAAAAUGCAACUCAGCAUUCGAAUUCUUCAUCUAAAGAAGAGGAUCUCGACGAACGUUUCAAAAGCAGCUCCGCAUUCGCAGAGGUAGCUACCACGAGAAAUUUAGAAGAAGAAACUAGCUUCAAAGACUCUGCCGAAGAGUUAACGACCAAACGGUCCUCUCAGGAAGACGACGACGACAAUAAUUUAACAACCGUCAUUGAAAAAGAGUUUACCAAAUUCACUUCAAAGGAAGAAGACGUUUCAGAUACGCCAAACGCUAGAUUACUUGAAAAAGAUGACGAAGAUUUGAAAAUCAUUUCUGAGGAUAGAACAUCGGAAGCUGAAGUGCCAUUUCUGACAGAGGAAACUCUACACGAUGCCGAAACGGAAGACAUCUAUGGCUAUAAGGCGAAGAAACAUGGCAGCCUCGCCAAAUAUUUCCACAAGUACUUGAAGGGAAGCGUUACCCCUUCGUUCGCAUCUUCCACCUCUUCAGUAAUAGAUAACGCGGAUGCCAACUUGCCCGUCAACCUGGAAAGCGGCCUGUUCGAGUCUAACUCGUGGAACAAUGUCGAAGUGAACCUACAGAGCACAGGCAGACUCUCUAACGAGCUUCCUAGGAAUUCAUCCCUCUCAACCCAGCGGACCUUCAAGAACAACGUUGACACGUGCACUUCCAAAUGCAGAGAAUACUGGAGGAAAACAUUCGGGCUCGAAAAGACCAAGUCACGAGCAGAUAUAGAUGAGAACCUGAACAACAAGGAGAACGUAGAUUCAGGAUUGAUCAGCUCCGAGGGAACAGCUACGAUGGACCCUGAAGAACAUAACUGCACGGAUGGCAUAUUCGACAUCCCAGACUCGGAAGAGAUAUUCAAUUUCACUUCGAUAAAAGACAAAGACACGGACUGGAAGACUAGCCAUUCGGUAACCACAGCAACAGAGUCUACAAAUUUGGUAGAAGUCUUCGUUGACCUCACCACGAGGAAGCCCAGGACUGACAAGAAGAAACCGAGACACGGCAAGAAGAGAAAAAACGAUAAAUCUAAAAAUAAGAAGAAAGGAAAGAAGAGUGGACAAAGAGAUCGGACAAAGGAGUCCACUACAUCUGGACAACGCGAAACAACUAGUAGCUUUGAUCAGAGCUGGAACAGUCCCACGUGGACACUCUUUGCAGGAAUCACUUCUUUUGAAGUAACCUCUCCCUCUUCGGAAGAACCUACCAAGGAGUUUUUAUCCAAGGAGACUGUGGACCGUGAAGAGAAUCAAACGUUAGAGAUAACGGUAUCCACUGAUCUCUUUGGCGCCGAGGACUCCCCGGCAACUAAGAAGAAGGGAGGCAAGACUACGGAGAGUAGCUGGUGGGACCUGGGAUUUUUCUCGAAUCAAAACUCUGAAGAGGACUCGAAGAACUCUAAAGAGAACGUCACCGAAGAGCCAACCGUUGAUCUUACUAUGACUUCUACCAUAACGUCUAUCAGUGGUUCCGAAGAAGUGCUCGAAAGGAACUCUUCCAUCUCUGAAGAGUUCACCUGCAAUGACGACCAGUUCCAGUGCGAUGGAAACGUCUGCAUCGCUGAGGACAGAUUGUGCGAUGCACACGUGGACUGCGUAGACGCCAGUGACGAGACUAAUUGCUACUAUAUUCCGACGAUAGAUCACAGUCGUAGAAACCAAAGCGAGACCAAAAGCCAUCCUGCGAGCUGUGGAACAUACGAGUUCAUCUGUGAUGGAAGUUGCAUCAGCGCCAUUUACUCCUGCGAUGGUUUCGCUGAUUGCCAGGAUGGAGCUGACGAAGCAGAAUGCGGAGACACAGAACGGAAAUGCACACCCACCCAGUUCAAAUGCCUCACCGGGAACAAGUGCAUCGAGGGUGUCUACAGAUGCGACGGCCACGCGGACUGCCCAGAUCACAGCGACGAGGAUUGCGCAAACGAAACCAUUACACACAUCACUGAGCCUACCAACCAGUCCUGGACAGGCUGGUCGAGCCAGAGACCGAGGGAAUGCGAUCCGAGCAGGGAAAUGCGUUGCAACGACGGCAUGUGCGUUCAACUGCGACGCAAAUGCGACAAUAUCUUCGAUUGUAUCGAUGGCAGCGACGAACUUGGUUGUGGGGUCUGCACGCCGGCCGAAUGGAAAUGCGCCAGUGGUGAAUGUAUACCGGAAAACGAGAGAUGCGACGACACGUUCCACUGCGCAGACGGAUCUGACGAGACUGGAUGUGCGAACGAAUGUCCGGCUGGAAUGUUUCGAUGCAACGACGGAUUGUGUCUCGACAGUAAGAGACGUUGCGACGGUCGGCCGCAUUGUACGGACGGCUCGGAUGAGAUCAAUUGCCAGUGUCCAGAGGGUCAACAACCAUGCGACAAUGGAGUAUGUAUCAACAGUAACUUCUUCUGCGACAAUAAUGUCGAUUGCCACGAUGGCAGCGACGAACGUGACUGCCCGGAAACGGGAGAAACCAAUCCAGUUCAUUAUCCAGCAAGUUGCCGCCACGAUGAGUUCAUGUGUCGCGAUAGAAGUUGCAUUCCCCGGUAUGCUGUGUGCGAUGGCAGGAGGGACUGUCCCCACGAGGACGACGAGAUGAACUGCGAUAGAGGAUGUGGAAAAGAUCAAUUUCAAUGCGCAAAUGGAAAUUGCAUCAAAGCUGACCAGAAGUGUAACGGUUUUAUAGAGUGUGCUGAUGGAUCUGAUGAGUCUGAAGGAUGUGAUUCUCAUCCGACGUCUGGACUUUGUCCAACUGGUUACAUCGUGUGCACUACUGACAGAAACUGCGUCCCACAGUCCUCCAUCUGCAAUGGAGUUCCAGAAUGUAGGGACGGAUCAGACGAAAAAGAUUGCGAUUCAUCCGGAGAGUCAUCUUACCUCAAUCUCAAGACAUAUCCCAGCGAACAAGUAAUUAAAGAAAGUCGUGAAGUUGUUUUCCAAUGCCGAGACGAGGGUCCAAUUCGAGCCAGGGUACGCUGGCUUCGUGGUAACAAUCGACCCCUGCCUCCUAACAGUCGAGACAUCAAUGGACGUCUGGAAAUCCCAAACAUUCAGCUCGAACACGCUGGGCCCUACAUUUGCGAAGCUGUGGGCCAACCACCGUCCAUUCCGGGUCAGCAAGUGACGGUCCAUCUCAGCGUAGAAAAGUUCGAACCACCCGCAACCAACAGACCCCAUGUGUGCCAGUACGACGAAGCCACUUGCAGCAAUGGCGACUGUAUCCCUAAGUCGUACGUCUGCAACGGCAGACUGGACUGCACCGAUGGAUCCGACGAAAUGCGAUGCAGUAUCCAUGGUUGCGAGCCAAACGAGUUUCGCUGCAACAACACGCAAUGCGUGGGUAAAUUGUGGCGCUGCGACGGGGACAUGGACUGCGCUGACGGUAGCGACGAAGAACACUGUGCUCCCAGCAGGCCGGGAUCCCUCUGUGAAUUCACGGAAUACGCGUGUGCCAGUGGCCAGUGCAUACCGAAAAGCUACCACUGCGACAGGGAGAGGGAUUGCAUGGACGGUACCGACGAGAUAGGAUGUUCCCCGGUUUACAUAGUGAAGCCACCCCCACCGAUGAUUACUCUGGAACGAGGAGAAACCUUAGUGAUCGUCUGUACGGCAAUCGGCGUCCCGACACCAGAGAUUAACUGGCGCCUGAACUGGGGUCACAUCCCUCCAAAGUGUACCAUGACUUCGGUGAACGGGACAGGUACCCUUACGUGUCCCGACAUCCAAACUGAAGAUCAGGGAGCGUACUCUUGCGAGGGACUGAACAACGAUGGUUUCGUGUUCGCGGUACCCGACGCCAUUGUGAUGGUGAACAGACCCGGAGAUAUCUGUCCCAAAGGGAUGUUCAACUCUGAGGCGAGAACUCUGGACGAAUGUAUCUCCUGCUUCUGUUUCGGUGUGGCGACCGAAUGUCACAGCGCGAACCUCUUCACCUAUCAGAUACCGCCGCCCCUCGAUCGCCAUAAGGUCGUAAAUAUUGACCUAUACCCAAUCUUACGAGUUACCGGUGAUGUUAACACCCAAGCCUUGGAGGUGACAGCAUUAGGUAGAGAUAGCGUUCAGCUAUACGCGUCAAACUCGAUAGAACUAAGCAGAGACAGAGACAGGUCCGGUGAAAAUGUUCCGUACUUCGCGUUACCCGAGCACUAUCACGGCAGUCAGUUAAAGUCUUACGGAGGCUACUUAAAGUACAAGGUGCGUUACAAUGGCACUGGCACACCAAAUUCGGCACCAUCGGUCGUCAUGAGCGGGAAUAAUUACGUACUAGUACACAGGGACAGGCAGUCCCCACCAAACUACGACACCGAGAGGUCUGUCAGGUUCUUUCAGGGUGAAUGGUACAAACAAGAUGGACGGGACGAGGUGCCAGCUACCAGGGAGGACAUUAUGAUGACGCUUGCGCGAGUGGACAACAUUUUGAUCAAGGCGCAGUAUGACGAUUCGCCGUACUUGGACGUCCAAAUCUCAAAUAUUGUAAUGGAUACCGCCGAUGCGAGGAACACUGGGCUAGGGUCUGCGUCGUACGUGGAGGAAUGCCGUUGUCCCUCCGGAUAUUCUGGCCUGUCGUGUGAGCAGUGCGCCCCAGGAUAUCUGAGACGUAAAUCCGGCCCGUGGCUUGGUCAGUGUUACCGAGACGAACAACCUUGUCCUCCAGGAUAUUACGGAGAUCCAUCGAGGAACAUUCCUUGCCAAGUUUGCCCUUGCCCACUCACCAAUCCAUCCAAUCAAUUUGCCCGUACUUGUCACCUUGGAUCAGAUGGCACGCCGACCUGCGACUGUCCUCCCGGAUAUGUUGGACACAGAUGCGAACGAUGCGACUCUGGAUACCAAGGCAACCCUCUUAUCCCAGGGGAUAUGUGUGUCCCUGCACGACAAUGCGAUCCUGAUGGUAGUCUCAGCGAAGUCGCCGAUCCAAUUACCGGACAGUGUCGAUGCAAGCACUAUACGACGGGGCUCACUUGCAACCAAUGUAAGGCAAACACGUUCAAUCUAGCCUCGAAAAACCAAUACGGCUGCAUCAGUUGUUUCUGCAUGGGCAUUAGCGAUCGAUGCGUGUCGUCUAAUUGGUACAGGAACGAUAUACGAGUCUCCUUCACAAACUCCAUCCGAGAUUUCUCCCUUAUCGAGUCAAAGAUUCCAGAUGCGCUGCCUAUUACAGAAGGCAUUCGUCUGGAUACAGUCAGUCGAGAAAUCGUUUUCAGUAAUUUUCCGAACCGCGGAAACAACGAUGUUUACUACUGGCAACUGCCUUCCAUCUUCCUAGGUAAUCGGAUCACUUCUUACGGCGGAGAUCUGAAAUACACGGUGCGCUACGUGCCGGCGCCAGGUGGUCAAAGUUCUAGAAAUAAUGCUGCCGAUGUCGAAUUGAUCAGUGCCAACAACAUCAAUUUGUUGUACUUCUCGCGGGAGUCUCCUGAACCAAACACACCACAAACUUUCACAGUUCCUCUAUUAGAACAAUUCUGGCAGCGCACCGAUGGAACACAAGCUGAUAGAGAGCAUAUGCUAAUGGCCUUAGCCGAUGUGAGCGCGAUUAGGAUAAAAGCUACUUACACGACUCACACUAAUGAAGCCGCGUUGUCCUUGGUGUUCCUAGACACGGCUGACAAGUAUAACACAGGAAGAACUCGAGCAGUUGAGGUGGAGGAAUGCACCUGUCCGAUUGGUUACAAAGGGCUUUCCUGCGAGGAUUGCGACGUUGGGUACACCAGAUCCGACCAAGGUGUCUAUUUAGGCGGUUGUGAACCUUGCAACUGCAAUGGACACUCUAGACAAUGCAAUCCUGACACUGGAAUUUGCGAGAAUUGUGAACAUCACACUACUGGGGAGUUUUGCGACGUCUGUGAGCCAGGGUACGAGGGUGACGCGACACGAGGAACCCCGUACGAUUGCGUAUUCAGAAGACGUAAUCCAACUCACUGCAAUUGCAACGAAGCUGGAUCGCGCAGUAGCACAUGCGUCGCUAACCGAUGCGACUGCAAGCGUAACGUGGAGGGUCCCGAGUGUAACCGAUGUCGGCCAUCCACCUUUGGAUUAUCCGCAAACAACCCUGAUGGCUGCAGCGAGUGUUAUUGCAGCGGUGUUACCGACCAAUGCCACGAAAGCUCGCUUUACGUGCAACAAAUACCAGUGCUAAUCUACGACGCCAAGCACGGAUUCACUCUCACCGAUUCGACAAGACAAGAGGUGAUCGACGAGGGCUUCGAGCUGAACAUCGCCAUGAACGAGAUCGGCUACCGUUACCCGGACAGUCGAGGCCGUAGGUUGUUCUGGUCCCUGCCACCUGUAUUCACUGGCAAUAAGGUUAAAAGCUACGGUGGCAAUCUGAUCCUGACCCAGCACAUCACCGCACACCCUGGUGCUCAAAGUUAUAAAGACCAAGACAUCAUUCUAGUUGGAAACGGGAUUACUUUAUUCUGGACAAACCCUGUGGAAAUCCAACCGAAUAUACCCUUGACGUACACGGUACCACUGAGAGAAUCAGAAUGGAGACGUCUAACCAUGGAAGGGCCACGUGUCGCCUCUCACGUCGACAUUAUGACCGUGCUUUCCAAUCUUGAAGCAAUUCUAGUACGUGCCUCUCACAGCGAAAGGAUGGCAGCCACCUACAUCAGCGAUAUUAGCCUCGAUACAGCGGUUGAACACGCAACUGGAAACAGACGAGCUGUCCAAGUAGAGGUUUGCCGUUGUCCGAUGGGCUACGUGGGCACAUCUUGCGAAUCUUGCGCUCGAGGCUAUUACAGAGACACCAACAAUCGCUCUAUCAGCUACCUAGGCUCUUGCAUUCAGUGUCCCUGCAACGGGAACGAAGAGAGCUGCGACAUUUCCAGAACUGGUCAAGUAAAAUGCCAUUGUCAGGAAGGAUACACCGGACAGUAUUGUCAACAAACCGGUGAAGUGAUGGUAAGUCUAACACCGAUGAAGAUCAAAGUAAAACCAUACACGUGGACACCGUUCACGUGCAGUUACGAGUCCUUGGAUCCAUUGUAUAUCUAUUUUAAUCUAUCGCCGUUCCGGGGUGCGCCCCUAACCGCACAUAGCACCAGACCUAAUCCAAUCGUCAAGACCGAGAAAGGAGCCUCGCGAACCUGUCACGUAUACGUGCAGCUAGAACCCUGCGACGUGGAAUGCUACAUCCAGGAUUAUAACAAAAAAGAGCUGAUCAAAGUCGUGACGUCGAUUACACCAGAGGAUCCUUCUGAGACGACGACCAUCGCACCGAACCCCAACGUAUAUCCGCCAAAGAUUCUGGUACACAUCAAGGGACCAGAGCUCGAGAUCGUUAAAACAGGAACCACCGUUAGAUACCAUUGUUCCGGCAGAGCUUUGGAUGACGGACCCUUGCACGUCAAAUGGGAGAAACUUGGUGGCCAGUUACCCCCUGGACGUAGCGUAGACGAUAACCUUGGCUUAUUGAUCAUCCGGGACGUGAAAGUGUCGGACAGUGGCAUCUACGUUUGUCAAGUUAGCGAUGGUGUACACGUCGCAUUCAAGAAUGUUACUCUUACCGUUGGAGGUUCGAACCCAGUCUCGCCUAGAGCCAUCGUUGCGCCAACAUCAUUGCAAGUAGUCGAAGGAGAGCCUGCAGAGUUCCGUUGCGAGGCUAGUGGAAAUCCCCCACCUCAAGUAGAGUGGAUCCGCGUCCAUGGUGCCAUGAAUCCUGAAGUGGUAAUCCAUGACGGAGUUUGGUUUCUGCAGAGGGUGACGAAGAAUGACGCCGCAGAGUACAGGUGCCUGGCUAGGAACAACGUCGGCGUGGAUGAACAGAUAGUUAUCCUUUAUGUUAGAGAAUAUCCCCCGCCACGAGUCGGAUUACCGCCAACCAUAACGCCGCUGGAAUGGACCGGCAAAAUUGGAGAAGUCAUCAGAAUAACGUGCACCCCGUCGGAUGUCGCAAACGUCACUUGGACCAGAGAUGCAAACUUGCCUCUGCCUCGCACGGCCAAUCAACGCGACGGAGUGCUCACAAUCAUGAAUCCAACUCUGUACGACUCUGGCAUCUACGUGUGCACGGCCAUCAGUUACCUCGGGAGCCAAACAAACAGCACCAUUACCAUAACCGUGCUACCUCAUAGAGUACCGGCUUCUGUCAGAGUCAAGCCUGAGAUGCAAACCGUUCCACAAGGCAACACAGCCGAGGUGCGAUGCGUCACCGGCGGGGAACCAGGUGAACAGAUAACAUGGAGCAAGCAUCAUCAGCAACUGAAUCCCAACGCGCAAAACAUAGGCGACACCCUAAGGAUCGUCAACGUCCAGGUCUCCGAUCGUGGGGUGUACAUUUGCCACGUGACCGGGCCAAACGGCAACCACGAAGCUAGUGCUGUCAUCGAAGUUGAACCUCGGGAAGCCCCCCGUCUGGAACUGUAUCCCAAAGACACUCAGACUGUUAGACUGGGUGGGUCAGCGGAUAUACAGUGUCGAGCGAUUGCUGGCAUACCAGUGCCGGAACUACGUUGGUACCGCCAAGAUGGCAGACCGUUCCUUCAUAACAUUAGACAGCUACCUGGUGGAAUCCUCACGCUUUCCAACAUCACGAUCGACGACGGUGGUGCCUACGUCUGUUCCGCGAUGAACUCGGUUGGCUCCGACUCGGCAGUGGCUUACAUAGACGUCCAAUCCGUACCUGUGAUCACCGUUUCACCCUCAUCCGGGAUUCUGAACGUGAAACGAGGCGAUAGAGUGCAACUGACCUGCAGCGCAAACGGAAUUCCACAGCCCAACGUCGAGUGGACGAAACACGUGGAUGGAAUUCGAGAAUCGUAUAGUCCGGUGUUCAGACAGGACAAUGGUACUCCUCGCACCGCUGUCUACGAGAUAUACUCUGUCUCUGAUCACGACGAAGGGUCAUACACUUGUCACGCGAUGAACGCUGCAGGAGUGGUUGAAGAACGCGUCCACAUACGCAUAGACGAUGACAACGAAGUCUAUCCGCCAUGCAGAGGCGAUGUCCCGUGCACUGAAGACAACCGACCCACGCAUACCGAUCACGAUAGUCACCGUGUUCCUGUCGGACCACCUCAGGACUACUUCAGGAUACCCACUGGCGGCAAGGUGGAGAUGCGUUGUCAAGCCCUUGCGUCGGACGGUAAUCAUAUUCUAUUGGAUUGGAAGAGGAGUGAUCAUCUUCCAUUGCCAAAAGGCAGCACGGUUCACAACGGUAUACUGAACAUUCCCGACGUGGACAAAAGUGCCGCUGGAGAAUACGUUUGCCUGGGCAUGGAUCACGCUGGAACUAUCCUGUUCAAAGCCAAGUCCCAUCUUGAAGUAUUGUCUCUGCCCAGAAUUGUGUUGAAACCACCUCGACAGACGGUUGGUCCCGGUGAGAAUCCCUCGAUCCGUUGCAGUGCCACUGGAGACGAACCAAUGACCAUUGAAUGGGAAGCCAUAGGACGUAGUCUUCCAUACAGCGUUUCCCAUGAUCGUGGCAUCUUGCAGUUCCAUGGGAUCACUUACUCCGACGCUGGGAAGUACGUCUGUAAGGCGACAAACGAUGCAGGAACCGCUGAAGCUGUGGCGGAGGUCCUAGUGAACGAACACUCGUACGAGGACAUGAUCGUUCGAGCUGACCAAAGAGACGUGGUUACUUAUGUUGGUCAACCUGUACGUUUGCGAUGCAUUGUGCGAGAACGAACAACGAUACAUUGGAGUAGAGAAGGACUACCACUGCCCUCGUAUGCCAGAAUAGAGGACGAUUAUCUUGAGUUGCCACGCGUCAGGCCUGAUGACAGUGGAAGAUACACCUGUCAGAUCCAAACCGCUCACGGAGUAUCCAGCGAUUAUAUAAAUCUAAACGUCUCACUAGUUAAUUUGUCCCCGGAUUGCACUCGAGCGAAUCAAACCCAGUGCGGUCAAAGAAAGUGUAUAUGCGGCGUUCAAGGAUGCGUCCUCAUGGAUUACUCUUGCUUCGUCGAUAUUCAGUACUUCAAUGGUAAUACCGACUACUCCAACGACAUCCCGCAAAGUCGACACUAUCUUCAGCAACGACGUGCAACCGUCAUGCAACCUGCGGUCAGCGUAGAAGUAUCUCAGGAUCCUGUUAACAUCGGGGAUACUAUUGAUAUCCGUUGCGCCUGCACUGGCACUCGCAAUCCUCGCUACCAUUGGUCCAGACCGAACCAUCCCAGCUUACCACCGAAUUCUCAAGAGUACGAAAAUGUUUUGAGACUGACUAGCGUCACCGUGGAUGACAGUGGAUACUACAGGUGCACAGCAGAGACAUCGGAGGGCAUCUUCGAAAGAGACUUCAAUCUUGUUGUUCACGGUAAGAUUAAAGGUGGACACAACGAUGCACCAGCAAUUGAAACCAAGUACGCACCCUAUGGAUCCAGCGUGGAGAUGAAUUGCCGUCCUAAUCUCGAUUCACCCGACAAAUUUCAAUGGAGCAAGCUUGGAGGUCUUCUGCCACGCGAUGCCCACACCUUUGAGAGUAAAUUGAAUCUGACCAACGUGAAGGCUGAGGAUGCAGGAACAUACAUCUGCACGGUGAACAAUGAUCACGAGAGUAUCGAAAUACCCACUGUGUUAGUAGUGACAGGAGUAGUCCCGUAUUUCAGCCAAGCACCUGAGAGUUUCAUCGCUUUGCCACCUCUCCCAGACUGUUACUUGAAGUUUAACAUCGAGGUGUCAUUCAAGCCUGAAAGUUACGACGGUAUCAUCUUGUAUAACGACGAGGGGAACCGUGGAGAUGGCGACUUCAUCAUGCUCUCACUGAUGAGAGGAUAUCCACAGUUUAGUUUUAAUCUCGGUUCUGGACCAACUGUUAUCCAAGCGGAUAAGCCGGUAUCUCUGAGCGAAUGGCACACAGUGAAGCUUCAGCGUGACAGAAAAGAAGGGACGAUGUUAGUCGACGGGGAAGGUCCUUACAAGGGGACAGCUACCGGCAGGAAGCAAGGAUUGGAUCUGAAGGAGCUGAUGUUUGUGGGGGGAGUCCCCAAUUACAAUAUAAUCAACAAAAAUGCAGAAAUGACCACUGGUUUCGUUGGUUGCAUUAGUAGACUUGUUAUCGGUGAGAAGGAGGUGGAUUUGAACGGUAACCAGGCAGACAGCAUUGGAAUAACGAACUGCGAGACAUGUGCUGAGAAUCCAUGCAACAAUGGCGGUGUCUGCCAAGAGGCUGCUACUAAAAAUGGAUACACCUGUCUUUGUCGAGCCGAUUACAGCGGAAAACACUGUGACAACGUCGGUCAAUCCUGCUUCCCAGGCGCGUGCGGAGAAGGUAAUUGCGUGGACAAAGAAACUGGAUUUGAGUGCUAUUGUCCUUAUGGUAAAACGGGACAACGGUGCGAGAAAUCCAUGAAGAUCUACGAGCCAGCUUUCCAUGACGAUAAGUCUUUCAUCGCUCAUAACACACCCAAAGCCCUUAGACGGACGAGAAUGAGCACUACACACAAUCGAUUACAAUCACGCAACGCACAAGUUAGAUCAAGGCCACAUCAUCACAACAAUCUGCACCACACGAAACAUUAGUCUCUUCACCAAAUUGAUGCACAUAUAGGAAAAAAAGUCAUUCAAAUAUUUGAUCGAUUCUAGGAACAAAUCAAAUUUUUCGUAUAACUGCUAUUUAUAGUUGUCAGUCAGCAUUAUAUACAUAUAUAUUAUUAUAUUUUUUUUAUGAGAAUUUUAUUUACAUUAGAUGUUUUUCUCUUCGCCUUGUACGUGUCGUAGAUCUUGUGGAUGUCAAGCCUGUAAUGAGUAGUUCCUUGAAAUGAACUUCAUGGUGCUGUAAUAUUAGAUUAUCAAUUGAUUUACUUAUUAUACUUGUUAUAUUUCAACCCUUUGCAAUGUCUAAUCAUUUUUUAAUGGAAACUUGUCUUUUAGGAAGAAUUCGAUAUUCUUUUCUAUCUUUCUCUGCGAGACUUCUUUUUAUACUGUCAUGAAUAUAAAUUCGUUGCUUUUAAGGCUGCAGAGGGUCUUUUUGUACAGCUUCUUAAAUAAUACAUUUAACGCAUUGUGUUAGUCAUUUUACUUAUUAUUAUUAGAGAUAAGGCAUUAAUUAGGUCAAUGCCAAAUGAAUUGCAUUCAACAGUCGUCUGAAGACUUGAAUAAACUGCCAAGGUUGUGGCAUUAUGUAUGACUCGCAUAAACACACAAACACAGUGGCAUGUGUAAAAUGUUUGUACUUAUUUGUAAGAACCCGUGUGUACCUCCCGAGUGUUCCAGGUCUGUAAUGACCUUUAAUGUAUUCGACGGGCUUCAAGAAAUGCUAUAAGUAUAAAUAUAACUUGAGAUGCAAAUAAACAUUGUUUUAACAGGAA